AUGACUGUAGACUCCAAAAAUCAAACUGUUGCUGCUCCUCAUAAAGGCAGAAUGCAGUUAGGUCUAAUUAAAUUUGUCCUCGAGCUCUCCCUGGUCGGCUCGCCGGCGCAGGGCGCCGGUUACCGAGCUAAGCUACCUCCAGGGACAGCAGAGCGAGCGGAGAGCCCUCGGCUUUCUCGCGGCGCCGCCCGGCGCUUCCCUCUCCGGGUGCGCACCUGCCGCGCUCAGCCGUCCUGCGCGAGCUGCGCCUCCACCUUCCCGAACGCUUCAACUGCUGUUACAACGCCAGCCCGGCUCCAAAAGAGUGGAGCCAUGUUCCUUCUUCUGGUCCUUCUCACCCGGCUUGGAGAGCUGCACUCAGGCUCGGGUUCUCAUAAAACAUUUCUGCAGACCACAGUUCCUGAGAAGAUUUCAUCGUCUGAUGCAAAAGGAAAUCCAGAAAAUAAUAUUGCUUAUAUCAUUACAAUAAAAGGAAAGCCAUAUUUUGUCCAUCUCACAAAACAAACAUUUUUAUCUUCAGUUUCUGUUGUUUACUCUUAUGACAAAGAUGACACCCAACACUCUCAGCCUUUGUUAGCACAGAUGGAUUGCAGUUAUCAUGGAUAUGUUGCAGGUUUUCCAAAUUCUCUUGUGUCACUCCACACUUGUUCGGGACUCAGGGGAACAUUACAGCUUAAAAACAUCUCAUAUGGAAUUGAACCAAUGGAGGCCGUAUCAGGAUUUGUGCACAUGAUUUAUGAAGAAAAAUAUGAUAACACUAGUGUACCUCUCUUAGGAGAAACUAAGACUUACAGCUAUAAUAAUACAUAUUAUCAUAUCAGAAAAAGUUCAGAAAGAACUGAAUUUUUCAAGUUACGCCCUCAAUAUGUUGAAAUAUAUAUUGUUGUGGAUAAAAAUCUGUUUGAUUACAUGGGCUCUGAUAUAAAGGCUGUAACACAGAAGGUUAUUCAGAUAAUUGGCUUUGUUAACACCUAUCCAGAGGGUUUAUCCUUGGAGUCAUACACUGUCAGUAUCGUGCAGUUGCUUGGCUUUAAUCUGGGAUUGAGUUAUGAUGAUCCUGACACUUGCCAUUGUUCAGGAGAUGUUUGCACAAUGUCACCUAAAGCAGUGCAGUCUGGGGGUGUAAAGGAGUUUAGCACCUGUAGUUUGGAUGACUUUAAAUACUUAGCUUCACAUUCUGGCCUUGAAUGUCUUCAGAACAUCCUUCCUGAAAUGCCAGUUUAUAAACAAGGACAGAGGAGGGUAUGUGGCAAUGGAAAAUUGGAACAAGGUGAACAGUGUGAUUGUGGCUCUGUAGAGAAUUGUACACAUAAAGACUGCUGUGAUCCUAGGAUAUGUGUAAAGAAAAAGGGUAAACAAUGUGGUUCUGGGGAAUGCUGCACACUAGAUUGCAAGCUAAAGCCACUUGGUAUACAGUGUAGGAAGUCUUUGGACGAAUGCGAUUUCCCUGAAUAUUGCAAUGGGGUUUCCUCACACUGUGUGCCUGACACUUAUGCACGUGAUGGACAGAGUUGUGAUUCAGGUGAUGCCUUCUGUUAUGGAGGACGAUGUCGGAUACAUAGCAAACAGUGUAAAGAUUUGAUUGGAGGAGCUUCUAGAGGUGGUCCAUUUGCUUGUUAUGAUGAAGUAAAUACAAGAGCAGAUAGAUAUGGAAACUGUGGUCGAGACUUUUGUAGUUAUCCAAGACACUACAAGGAAAUUAAAACUUACAAGGAAAGUAAAACUUGUAUAUUUGAAAAGGUUUGCAACAAUUUAAAUCACUGCCAUUGUGAAAAGGGGUUUGACCCUCCUACAUGCGUGAAGAAGAAGGGAGAAUUUGGAAGUAUAGAUGAUGGGCACAAGUCUCCAUCUGGUUAG